UUCAAAGCUGUACAAAAUGGCCAAGCAAAGCACUGGUGUGUGUUGUGGCAUUUGUGUUAAUGUUUGUUAGAAUGGAGUUUCUGCAAGGUGUGUUAGUGGUGGUUGUGCUUGUUGCAUUUGAUCUGCCUGAUGCGUGGGGAAGUUUGAGGUACAGUCAAAGUCCAAGAAGCAUGAGGCCAAAAUCAGAUCCAGCUUCCAGAAGUCCUGGCCUUUCUCCUCUAGGGCUCUGGAACCCUUUGCAAGUGGCUUCUCAGAGUCCUCUGAGUCCUGUCUCAAGAAACCUUGCACAGGAUCCUUUUGGUCUUCAGGAGAAGCAGCUGUUGCAGGGUCCAGUGAAGCCUUUGGAUUGGAGGUAUCCCACUGUUCCUGAAGUGCAGAGAGAGUUGGCGGUGGACUUCCAGUUGAGGCAACCUGUGACUCCCAGCAGUGUAGCUGUUCAAUGCAGUGAGAACCGGGUUCUUGUAGAGGUCCAGCAGGACUUGUUCAGCAAUGGUCAGUUGAUCCAGCCAACUGGUUUGUCUCUAGGUGGAUGUCCUGUUGUUGGUCAGGACACUGAGUCUAGGGUGCUCAUCUUUGAGUAUGAACUACAGGACUGCAACAGCGUGCAGAUGAUGAAUGAGGAUGAGCUUGUUUACACCUUCUCUCUUACCUACACCCCUGAGGCACUUGCUGGUACUCCCAUUACCCGGGCUGAUGGUGCAAUUGUUGGAGUUCAAUGCCAUUAUCAAAGGCUUCAAAAUGUAAGCAGUAAUGCCUUGAGGCCAACAUGGGUCCCUUAUGCCUCAGCGGAGGUUGGUGAAGAAGUCUUGCUGUUCUCCCUGAAGCUCAUGAUGGAUGAUUGGUCCUAUCAGAGGCCUUCAAACUCUUACUUUCUGGGUGGCGUUAUUAACGUUGAGGCGUCUGUGAAGGUGUACAACCAUGUGCCUCUGCGUGUGUUUGUGGACCGCUGUGUGGCCACUCAAGGACCUGAUGUGAACACCCUUCCGAGAUAUUCCUUCAUUGAGAAUCAUGGGUGCUUUGUGGAUGCCAAGGCUACAGCUUCCAGCUCCCGCUUUAUGCCUCGGUCUCAGGAAGACAAGAUCCAGUUCCAGCUGGAGGCGUUCAUGUUCCAGGAGAGCUCCAGUCCUUAUAUCUACAUAACAUGUAUGUUGAAGGCAACUAUUGCUUCUGUACCCAGUGAUGCUCUGCGCAAAUCCUGUUCCUUCGCCAAUGGGUGGUCUGCUGCUGAUGGAAACCACCAAGUUUGUGGUUGCUGUGACUCAACAUGUGGUCCUGAUGGUGAAUUUGCGGCUGCUCCCUAUGGAGGCAUUCAGUGGGAAGGCAAGGCAUCACUUGGUCCUGUAAUGGUUCAAGGGCGAAAAGCUGUUUCUCAAUCUAAAAGGGGAGGAGCCACCUUAAUUCAAAGCUGUACAAAAUGGCCAAGCCAAACACUGGUGUGUGUUGUGGCAUUUGUGUUAAUGUUUGUUAGAAUGGAGUUUCUGCAAGGUGUGUUAGUGGUGGUUGUGCUUGUUGCAUUUGAUCUGCCUGAUGCAUGGGGAAGUUUGAGGUACAGUCAAAGUCCAAGAAGCAUGAGGCCAAAAUCAGAUCCAGCUUCCAGAAAUCCUGCCCUUUCUCCUCUAGAGCUCUGGAACCCUUUGCAAGUGGUUUCUCAGUUUCAGAGUCCUCUGAGUCCUGUCUCCAGAAACCUUGCACAGGAUCCUUUUGGCCUUCAAGAGAAGCAGCUGUUGCAAGGUCCAGUGAAACCUUUGGAUUGGAGGUAUCCUGUUGUUCCUGAAGUGCAGAGAGAGUUGGCAGUGGACUUUCAGUUGAGGCAACCUGUGACUCCCAGCAGUGUAGCUGUUCAAUGCAGUGAGAACCGGGUUCUUAUAGAGGUCCAGCAGGACUUCUUCAGCAAUGGUCAACUAAUCCAGCCAACUGGUCUGUCUCUAGGUGGAUGUUCUGUUGUUGGUCAGGACACUGAGGCUAGAGUGCUCAUCUUCGAGUAUGAACUACAGGACUGCAACAGUGUGCUGAUGAUUAAUGAGGAUGAGCUUGUCUACACCUUCUCUCUUACCUACACCCCUGAGGCACUUGCUGGAACUCCAAUUACCCGGGCUGAUGGUGCAGUUGUUGGCAUUCAAUGCCAUUAUCAAAGGCUUCACAAUGUAAGCAGUAAUGCCUUGAGGCCAACAUGGAUCCCUUAUGCCUCAACGGAGGUUGGUGAAGAAGUCUUGCUGUUCUCCCUGAAGCUCAUGAUGGAUGAUUGGUCCUAUCAGAGGCCUUCAAACUCUUACUUUCUGGGUGGUGUUGUUAAUGUUGAGGCGUCUGUGAAGGUGUACAAUCAUGUGCCUCUGCGUGUGUUUGUGGACAGCUGUGUGGCCACUCAAGGACCUGAUGUGAACUCCCUUCCGAGAUAUUCCUUCAUUGAGAAUCACGGGUGCUUUGUGGAUGCCAAGGCUACAGGUUCCAGCUCCCGCUUCAUGCCUCGGUCCCAGGAGGACAAGAUCCAGUUCCAGCUGGAGGCAUUCAUGUUCCAGGAGAGCUCCAAUCCUUAUAUCUACAUUACAUGUAUUCUGAAGGCAACCAUUGCUUCUGUACCAAGUGAUGCUCAGCGCAAAUCCUGUUCCUUCACCAAUAGGUGGUUUGCUGCUGAUGGAAACGACCAAGUUUGUGGUUGCUGUGACUCAACAUGUGGUCCUGAUGGUGGAAUUUGCUGCUUCUCCCUAUGGAGGUCUUCAGUGGAAAGGCAAGGCUUCACUUGGUCCUGUAAUGGUUCAAGAGCGAAAGACUGUUUCUCAAUAAAACUCAAAAUCAAUCCUUGCAUUUAUCUGACUUGUCAUUUUGCUUCAUGUCUGGUUGAACUGUUGACUCAAACAGUGCCUCAUUCUGCCAGUGUAGUAAAACUAGUCCUACUGUACCUUUGCCAGUCCCAUACUGAAAAGAACUAUAAUAAUAUAGGUAGGUGAAUGCUCAUCCACUAC